UCACCAAAUAUUAUCAAUAAAGAUUGCUAUUUUUUUAUUAUAAAAUGUAAAUCAGGAAUAUCGAACAGGUAUAUAUAUCUGUAUAUGCUCCCUCCAUGAAGACCACAUGGUAUAUAGGGCUUUCAGAACUCAGAUCUCGUUCUUGCAAUCCAAAUGGGUGAAGAAGCAAGCCAAAUGUUUCAAGAUAUGAGUCUGAAGAAAAUGGAUAGAAAUGAAGCUUGGUGCAGUAAGCUAACGAUCAUGGAAGGAGGUAAUAAUGAAAUAAUUGACUCCAUAUCCAUUGAAUCCUCCUUUGAAAAUUCAGAAAACUCCAUUUCUUCAAUAUCUUCAUCAGACUUGGUUGAGGAUGCAUCUUCUGCAACAUCAUCAUCAUCGUCAUCAUCUUUAUCAUCCAAUGGGCCUCUCUAUGAGUUGUCCGAGCUCAUGGCUCAACUACCUAUCAGGAGAGGUCUUUCUAAACAUUAUCAAGGGAAGUCUCAAUCUUUCACAUCUCUAGCAAGGGUGAGGAGCAUAGAAGACCUUCCAAAGAAAUUGAUUCCUUGUAGAGCGAAAAUGAAGUCAUGCAAGAGCUAUGGAUGGGGACUAGAUGCUCACAACAAGUCAUAUAGCCCUAAAGCUACGAUAUCAAAGAAAGGUUCCCGGGGUUGUUCUAUGUCUUCUCUUGGUAAGCGAAGCAGUAGUACUUUCGUGAUUAGUGACUGAUUGUAAGCCUUCCAUCUCCCAUUGCACAACAACUUUCUAAUGUGCACAAGAUGGGUUUUUGAAUGUAUAGCUUUUUGAUGCCAUAAAAGAAACUAUUGAGCUCAUCAUUUCUGAGGAUUCUUUUUACAACUCGUCUUCACGCAGCGAGAGAGAAAGAAAGACAUAUAUGGGAUAUGAAACAUGAAUAACGGAAGCUUUAAUUCAAGCUAGCUAUUGAGUUGUUGGGAGGCAGCAUCGAGGAUUUUUGGGGAGCAAUUAAUUUAGCAAUUACCUUCUUUUAUGAUGAAAUACCAUCGUCUAAAACUGAAAGCAUGAUGAAUCAAUGGCAUUUUCAUUUAUGCGGGAAGAGAUAGAGAAGAAAAACCAGCGUUGUUUAAAAAAUAUUUUUAAGUUUUGAAUGAAUCAAAUUCAGUCGCUGAUAACUUU